AUGGAUCCUUUGUUCGAGAAGCUAGCAAGCUAUAUGGGUGGUCAAAUCACAGGAGAUCAACUCAAGUUGAUUACCUGUAUCCUAUCAACCUAUCCAAGUGCCCUCCUCUAUCGUCGACUCCCACCCGAUCAACCCAUGAUCAAGCACCUAUUCUCUAUUGCAUUCACGGUCAUAUCCAUGGUGGGCGUAUUACGGCUCUAUGAAGGCUUUCUCCACAUCACCAUGACAUGCUUGGUUACGUACCUCUUUAUGAAGUAUUACGAUGGUAAAAACGCCCCCUGGAUCAAUUUUGUGCUUGUAAUGACAAGUAUGGCUGCAUGCCAUAUUGAUCGUCAAAUGAAGGGCGUGGAAGGUGAUGGCGAGUUGGAUUACUCAGGUGCAUUAAUGAUUGUAUCCAUCAAACUAUCCUCGUUUGGAUUCAACAUACGCGAUGGAAGGAUGGGUGCUGUCACCGAUUACAACAAGCGUAUGCAGAUCAAGCAGUACCCAAGUUGGAUCGAGUAUUUUGGUUGGAUCUUCUUUUUCGGUGGUUUCCUUACAGGACCAACAUGCGAGUACAUGGAUUACAUCCGUUACACGCAUUACUUUUUCUUAUCCAAAGAUGCACACUUGUCACCAUGGCCUGCCACUAUGCGUGUGCUUGCAAAGAGUUUGGUCAUUAUCUUGUUUUUGACAAUGGUGGCACCCUCCUACAGCUUUGUCCUUGCCUUGGAACCCAGCUUUGCAGCACAAUCCUUUUUGAAAAGACUUUGGUUUGUGUUCGUGGGUGCCACAUCUACGCGAUGCAAGUAUUAUUGCGUAUGGUCACUUUCUGAAGGAAGCUGUAUUUUGAGUGGAUUUGGAUACAAUGGCAUGGAUACGAAAACAGGGCAACAUCGAUGGGAUAGACUAAGCAACUAUAAUUUACGCUAUUGCGAACUCGCCGACUCUUACAAAUCCCUCACCAACAACUGGAAUAUUGGCGCUAAUCAUUGGCUGAAGCAUUAUGUCUAUGUGCGUCUCGUUCCUCCCAAUACCAAGCCAACCACCUUAGCAACCAUCAUUACCUACGUCGUUUCCAGCGUAUGGCAUGGUUUCCAUCCUGGCUAUUAUUUAUUGUUCAUCAGCACAGGUCUUUAUCAAAUGCUGGGUCGUCGUAUUCGUCGUUGUGUUCGACCCCUUGUUAUGACACCUGAUGGCAAGGAUCCACUUCCAAUGUUGAAACCAGUGUACGACGUAUUGGGUAUUAUAUGCACAAUGGGCACUGUCGAUUUCUUGGUCCCGCCUUUUGAUUUGCUGUAUUGGUCGCGUACGUGUCAAGUAUGGCGUGCAUUGAAUUUCUUCCAUGUAUGGGUGUAUGUCGUUGGAUGGGCAUUGGUAUUGAUGGCUGAACCUAUCCUGCUGGCACGUCAAAAGGCACGCCAACCAAAAGUCGUUCCACAACAACACAAGCAAUAA